AUGGCAACAUGGGGAUUUGAAGCUUCAACCCCCGAAACUCACAUUCGCUUCAGCGCAUCGUUUCUUUCCGGGCAUAUUCAAUGGCUUUCUGGUCACAUCUCACCCGAUUCAUAUUCCAGCAUGGCCGGCCUCGACGCGUUCUUCCGGCCCGUGCCGCUCUUCGGCGCCGCCGCGCUCCUCCGUGUGGCGAUGCUAUACUACGGCCUGUGGCAGGACGCCAACUCCGCCGUCAAGUACACCGAUAUUGACUAUCUGGUCUUCACCGAUGCCGCUCGCUUCACUGCUCAAGGGCGCUCACCCUACGAUCGCGAAACUUACCGCUACACGCCACUUUUGGCCUGGAUGCUUGUGCCUACGGCGUGGCAAGGAUGGUUCUCAUUCGGCAAGGUUGUUUUCGCGGUCGCUGACUUGCUGGCCGGGUUCUUGAUCGUGCGCAUUCUCGAGAGACGUGGCGUGGAGAUGGGGAGAGCACUGAAGUUUGCCAGUAUCUGGCUGCUGAACCCCAUGGUCGCAACGAUCAGCACCCGUGGGAGCUCGGAGGGACUCCUGGGUGUGUUGGUCAUGGCGCUGCUUUGGGCUGUGCUCGAAAGACGGAUAACGCUGGCUGGGCUGUUGCUUGGCUUCGGAGUCCACUUCAAGAUAUAUCCAUUCAUCUAUGCGCCAGCAAUUGUGUGGUGGAUGGAUGAGGAGAUGCUCGGCCGAAAGGGGGCAGAUCCCGCCCAGACGCAGACUAUUGGCGAAGCCUUGGUCAAGUUUGUCAAUGCUGAGAGAGUCAAGUUGGCCGCCGUCAGUCUCGCGACCUUCAUGGGACUCAACAUUGCCAUGUAUUCUAUCUAUGGCACGCCAUUCUUGGCGCACACCUACUUCCACCACGUCACCAGGAUCGACCACAGGCACAACUUCAGCCCUUACAACGUGCUAUUGUAUUUGACGUCCGCUUUCCCUUCCACAGCUACCAUCCGCAUUGAAUCUAUCGCCUUUCUCCCACAGAUCCUGCUGUCAACAGUGCUCAUUCCGGUCAUCUUAGCAAAGAGGGACCUUGCAACUUCGAUGAUGGCUCAGACCUUUGCUUUCGUGACCUUCAACAAAGUCUGUACAAGCCAGUAUUUCUUGUGGUACAUGGUCUUCCUGCCCAUUUACCUCCCCGGCUCGACGUUUCUCAAGAACCCGAAGCUCGGGGCGACUGCUUUGGGCCUGUGGAUUGUGUCCCAGGCUGCUUGGUUACAGCAGGGCUUCAAUCUAGAGUUCUUGGGCAUUAGCACCUUCUUCCCAGGCUUAUUCGCGUCAUCCGUAGGAUUCUUCCUCGUUAACUGUUGGAUCCUGGGCAUCAUGGUCAGCGAUGGCGAUUCAACAGCCUUGGGAAGCUCAAAGGGGGUGUGGUUGUUGCCUGAAAGUGGACACGUGAUCCGGCGUCACUUUCCCGCGAUGGAACGCGUGCUUCAAAGCCAGCACCCGGACCACGCGCCAGUCCGCGGCGCUUUCCUCCGUAGACAGAUCGCAAUGUGGCUAUUAGAGACUGACGGUAAUGUCUUCGAAGGGCGACGGCUUUGGCUCCGGCCAGGCAAACGAUAUCUCUUCGGCCGAACGGACUCGGAACCCGGACAACUGGCCAUCUCUCAUAAGACCAUCUCGCGCAAACAUCUGACCAUCGAGGUCGACAAUGUGUCCGACGGCGAUAGCCAACAUCUCUCCCGCCGAUCGACCGUCACAAUCGAAGACUUGGGCACCAAGACCGGGACGACUGUAGACGGGCACAAAUACAAGGGCGAGAAGCAUGUCGUGGCCGCAGCUUCAGCAGAGAUUAAGAUGGGUGGCUGCCCUGACAUGUUCCGCUUGACCUGGCAACCUGUGGCGCUCACGUUCAGCUUCUCAAGCCGAGAAAUGCAGUCCGACCCCUUUUCGCGACUGCGUGUCGACCUUGAGCAGCUCGACGUGAAGUUGUUGGCGGAUUAUAACAUUCAGCAUACAACACACGUUGUCACAAAGAAGCGCAACACUUCCAAGGGAUUGCAGGCGCUGAUCAACGGAAGGUACAUCGUUGCAGACUCCUUCGUGGACGCCAUUGUCGCGGCCGCGACACCUCCAGAAGACGACGAUAUUACUGCAUCCUCUGCUUUGGAAACGGACUUUGAUGGCAACUGGCCAGAUCCGUUGAAUCAUCUGCCUCCUCGUGGUGGCGAGCCUGUCGAAAGGCCUCCAUCCGCGUAUGCGCCGGACGAGGCCCGCUUGGAAAUCUUUGAGGGGUAUACCUUUAUUUUCUACGACAAGGGACAGUUCGAUAAUCUUCUGGCGCCUAUCACCAACGGCAAGGGCAAGGCUCUAUACACAAAGGUCGAUCCAAAGUCAACAACAGUGGACGACUUCGUUCUCUACGUUAAAACGGAAGCUGGCGAGAAAGGCCUCGGUUCAUUUGACGACGGUAGCGAAGGACGAGGUGUCGUAGUUGUCCGCUUCGUACCGAACAAAGGUGACGCUGUGGAUUGGUAUGCCGACUUUUUCACUCAGGUCUCUCUCCGACUUGAUCACAGACCCAUCGAACAAAACGAGUUCCUCGAGGCCAUCCUCAUCAAAGAUGCCAGCAUAUUGCGCCGGCCUUUGGAGAUGGACCCGACGCAGGGCCCGUCAAGCACAACACCGCAAGAAGAGGUGGCAAGAGUUGACUCCAACUCAAUGGAUAUAGAUCAGCCGACUACGUCACAGAAUACGCUACAAGAGUCUGCGCCCGCGCCUCAGCCUUCUGCUACCAGAAGUCGGGUGCGGAGGGCACCGACGAGACGCUUUGCUGGAUUUGACGCGGAUGAUGAUGAUGACGACGCCUUCACUCCUUCAGUUGUUGAGAGCAAAUCGGUCGAGGCCGAAGCUGGGGACGAAGGAUUGUUUGUUUCUCAAGACGCGCACGCGUCUAACGAUGUAGCCGAACCAUCACCAGAUACGAACAGACGAUCCCAAAGGAAACGCCCUGCAGCGCAGGACGAUGACAUUGAGGAUAUCAUCCCGACAGCUGCCGCAGUGAAAAGGCGAAGGAUCGCCGCCGGAGAAGAGCCUGUUCCGCGAAACGAAUCACCCGAGCCCGCGGAACCGGAGCCAAAGCCUGCCCCCAAGGUCAAGAAGGUGAAGAAGGAGAUUGACGUUCUAGACGUCGCCCGCCAGCAGAGGGAAGCGAUGGAGGCCCGUCUCAAGGCAGAGAAGGAAGAUUUAGCCAAUUUGCCUGACGAUGUUGACUUGGAGCAAAUCCGCCGGUUGCACAUCGUCGAGGAGAUGCCUCUACGUCAGCCACCAGCCAACAGAAGUCACGAUAAAGAUGAUGAGAAUGGCAGGUGGGAUCCACGGUGGAACGGGAGGAAGAAUUUCAAGCGCUUCAAGCCGCGGGGUGAACUCACGGGGCGGCCACCUCAAAAGGUCAUCGUGACCCUGACGCAAGUCAAGCCCAAGGAAUUUGGUAUCGGAGACGAUUACUGGCUAGAGGACGACAGCCAGCGCAAGAAGAAGGGCAACGAGAGCCAGAAGAGCGGCACAGCCCAGGACGAGCCUGCGCCCCCGCCACCGCCAGCAGCUGUGUCUCGGCCUACGUCGCGACAACAGCGUGUUGUCUUGAGUGAUGACAGUGAAGAGGAUGAAGACAUACCCGAUACCCAGGCUGAGCCCGCACCAGAGCCAGAGCCUGAACCUGAACCUGAGCCGACGCCGGCGUCACGGUUGAGGAGUACGCAGGCGACGACGGCUACGCAGUCACAGAACACCACGCAGAGCCAGUCGACGAGACAAACUCGCGGGAAGAGGGCCGCGCCGGAACCUGCCAAGGAGCCGCCAGCGAAGAAGCCGAGGGCCACGCGGCAAGUCAUUGAAGUUGCGGAUAGUGACGACAGCGAAGAUGAGCUCAAGUUCAAGUUUGGCCGGAGGCGUUAA